CUACCGGACACCUGCCAGGUACGCGAGACUCGAUCCGUGUCAAGCUCCUGAGAAAACUGACAAGCCCUCAACCUCAACGGCUCCUAAAGUCCUGCACCAGCCUGUGAGCCUCUCGCCCAGGCAACACUGAAUUCGAAACUGCUGCUACAAGCGAAGCCCGAACAACCCCGAAUCCUCGGCCGAUGUGUUGUCGACGCCUCCAACACAGCCACAGCGUCCUUCCCUCACAAUCUUUCUCCAACGUCGUCACUGGCUCGGUGAUAAAGUUGGUGCCUGAGGGCCCUAGAGCGUUUCGAGACUGACUGGCUCCGACGACUCCGAACCAUGUGGCGGUGCCUGACUCUUUGGGCCGACCUGGAACGAGGAACAUCUCAUUCGCGCAUAUGCGCCAUACCACAUCCAGAUGAUUCUGCGGAAGGUUACGAGGACGGCCAGGGACCUGGAACCGGGAAAAAUGCGUGUGCCUAAUCUACUCGAUCAUUGAAGAGCAUGUGGUGUUUUCUACGUUUGUUGCUUGAGACUCUCUUCUUUCCUGCCUCAACUCCUGCUGUCAUGGUGGAAAAUACUGCGACGCGUUUCUUCCGCUGCGACUGCUGACUGAAUUUCGGUACUGUAUUCCUACAUAUCACACAAGGAUUGUAAUCAGAACUACCCCAAUAUCAUAGAACAGCGGCAUCACACCACUUCGCCUCGGGGCUGAACUGCCGCUAUUAUUUGUUACUUAUUCAUCUUACGCAUUGAGCCCCAUCUCCACAUCGCAGUCCUGUACAAUUCUGUUGUUUUCACAAAGCACAAUGUCUUCUUCAGAGAAAAGAAACCUACGGAGCACCGCGGUCGUGGAUCCCUCGACACCAACCGACCUGCCGCCUUCAUACGAACACACCGUGCUCCCCAACACCAACCCUUGGACCGACAGCCCGUCAUCACAGAGCCCACGGCCCCCUCGGACAUCAUCAUCAACGCCCCUCUGCGUCCCCUCACAGAACCCGCUCUCGGCACUGUCCCGGUUAACGACGGUAUCGUUCGCAAAGUACCGGAUCCGCGACUCCAGACUCUCCGAGGACCAGAAAGUGACCACGACGACUAAUCCGGAAUUGACGUCCAGCUCGCACUCGUCGUCAACGUCGCAACAGCAGCAAAGGACGCUCCUCAAGUUCAUCCGCGAGCAGGCAUGUCUGCCGCCGAAGCCCAUCAUGGUGAUCCGCGGGACGCACGUGCACGGCAGCACUGUCGUGGAUUUCGACUUGAAGUUGAACCUGACGAGCAUGUUGGACUUGGAUUGGGGAGGGAACGAGAGCGGCGGUGGUCGAGUCAAGGUCAAGCGGUACCAGCACGGCUCGUCGAACGGGUCGCCGAAGCAGAUGACGAGGGAGGAGAUGGACAUGUCUCCGCUGGAACUGUGGGCGAAGAAGUUUUGCGAGGACAAAGCUGAGAACCGAAGCUUCACGCUGCACCGAUCGACACCUAAUCUCCCCAUAGCACUGCUCGAGGGCCACGCGCGGACGCUGCUGGCCAUGGCCAAAUACCGGGGCAAAGUGCACGUCGAGUUCCCCGUGCAGUACUCGGACGUGGUGAUCCAGCGCAAAUCGAGCAACUGGUUCACGAACAUGCUCCGGCUCUAUCCGACCAAGAAGUACGAGGUCGUCGACGUUGAGUGGCCCGUCAUCGGCACGACCGCGGACGACCCCAGCGGCCAAGCGGACGCCGACGAAGCAGCAGCAGGAGCCGGGUUGAAUGCUCCGUCGUCGUCAUCACCCACAUCCUCGAGACCAGCAUACCAGAGCACCGGGACUGGGACAGCACCGGGACCAGCCGACGCCCAACCAGCCUCUUCGGCGUCCUCGACCUCUUCCUCUUCCUCCUCCAACCCAGCCACCAGCGGCGCCGGAGAUGGCAAUGAUCGGACGGGCCUCCCCUCGCUCAUCGCGCAGGAAUGGUGGCGCGAGUGGCAGUUCGCGAUCCGCAACGCCGCCCUGUCCGGCCGCAAGGGCUGGGUCACGGUGGAGGACUGGGUGGAGGCCAAGAUGGGGAUGAGGGAGAAGGAGAGGGCGAAGGAGUGGGGGGUCGAUCACGAAUAGUGCUAAACCCCCCCUUUCUUUCUCUUCCGUCACCUUCACCUUCACUGUGUGCUUUUAGCAAGAAAGCGAGGGACAUUACUAGAAAUUGUACCGACUAUAACAACAACGACCAAAAACAGGAAGGGCUGCCACUCCAAAAAGAACGCAUGGACGCAUGGGACCUCAAUGAACAGCGAGGGUUUGGUUUACGGAUCUGACGCGGAAUUGCCUCUUUCUCCAUGAGCAAGCGAGCUUCCGCCUUUUUUUUUAUAUAUAUCUUCUUCUUUUCGUGUGUCUGAAAACCCACUUUUCGUGGCAUGUUUUCCUCUUGGUACCUUAUCUACGGACCAUGUGUACUGCCUGAUCAAGCAAGAUAUCUAUAUUAUGGACAUAAGAAGAUAGCGAGAGAGAUACGGGAUGGGCCAUGAGGACAUAGCCCCCUCUCUAUGGAUGGGAGACAUGAAUGAAUGAAUGAAUGAGUGGAUGAAUGGAAUGCUC